UCACGUAAUGCCUAGGAACGUGCAGUUUGACAGUUCCUCUCGUUCCCUUCCUCCACUCCAGCCGACACGAAGGAAUUUCACGGCCCCAGACAACCAUCCGUUUUGCGGCUCGCCAACUAACCGGUAAAAAUGGCAUCUGCAGAGUCUCAACAACCAAGAGACACCCCUUUCUCCAGCUCUGAAGAAUAAGCCACAGACCCCUCAGAUGAAGCACCGGCAAAGCGGCCUCCUGCACACUCCAACAGUUCAGACCAUUGACAGCAUUUGAAGGUGCUUCCUGGACGGCACUAGUCCUGAAAUUCAACAUCAGAGCUUCAAGUCUGCUUUCUGCUGCCAACUGCCCUUAUUCAUCUUCAGUCCUGCUUUGUUUCCCUCAAUUUCCCAAUCUUUAACAAAAGAUCUGAAUCAUCAGAGUGGAUCAUCCUGAAGUGCAAGUAACUGCUUCAUGCUGUGAGGUGGAAGUCCUACAUUAUCUAAUGCUGCAUGCAGGAAACACAAUGUAAUUGUUGCAAUCACAAUGAUGUCACUUGUGGAAUAUCAUUUUAUAUGGACAAGCUAAGGUUAGAGCUGGCAGAAAAUAUCUUCUAUCCCUACCACAGCUAUUGGACCUUCUAAUGAAAAUCAACAAGCAGGGAGUGGGACUGCUAGGAAAUUAUAAUGGCAUUGAUGCUAGAGCUGCUAGAAGAAGUGAUGGGUGCAGGUACAGCUGUAACAUUUAAAAGAAUUUGGUUAAGUAGAUGAAUAGGAAAGAUUUGGAGGGAUCUGGGCCAAACGCUGGCAAGUGGGACUUAGUUCAGUUUGGGAACAGAAUUGGCAUGGACGAGUUGGACCAAAGGGUCUUUUUCCACACUGCAUGACUGUGUAAUUUAUUACAGCCCAGUAACUGUAUACCGGUUACUUUAACUCUUAGGCUUGCUAAAUAUUGUAACCAGCGAGAGAGAAGACACGUGUCUUUCCAUAAAGGAGAAAGACUUCAACUGAUUGUCUGCCAGGAGAGAGGGGCAGCCAAUUAUAUCUCACAAAGAUCUUUCCGAAAAAUACCUCACACAUCAAAAAACCUGUUGAAAUAUUAUCCCUGACAAAAUGAAACAAUUCUAGAUGACUUCCGCAGGUUCGUGAGGAAUUGUUGGCAUUUGUAUUUUACGUUCCACAUCCUCCUCUCGUCUUCCUGAAGGCGAGCGUACACCAGAGUGCCACUCUUCCAGCGAGCUAUAAUUUGAACAUUUGGUCCUUUCUAUUCUGGAGUCACGGUGAACAUUUCAAUCAAUAAUUAACAUGCCUUGCGAACGAGAGCACCAUCAGUCUGCGCACAUUCGUGGCACUACGUAACGAUAAUUCAUUUUUCAUAGGGAUUUGUCACAGAUGAGAUCACUGUAAAACAAGAAUCUUUUAAUAUCAAUAAUAUUAACGAUAUUAAUUAAUUCUUAAUUUCCUUUCAUCCUGACAACGCUGGCUGUCACGACGCGGCUGGAGAUCUGCUGUUAUGUUGAUUUUGCUGCUAGGAAACGGCGAAGUCAAUCGUUGCUGCGUCUGCAGUGGAACGCGGUUUCUUUGUGGCGGGCUAGCCCUGCUGAUGGGACCCAGAGCCAGUCCCAACACCAAAUCCACGGUUUAAAUUAUGGGGAGCUUGGAGGGAGUGAUUGGAAGAUGACGGUGGUGUAAGAAGCUGUAAAGGAAACGGUGGAGGUACAUCAUCCAGAAUGCCUCAGUCAAGUACAGGUUACAGUUCUCCACCAGCAAUUAGACGCCCACGGACAGUUGUCUGCUAUAUUUGCGGCAGAGAAUAUGGAACUACAUCUAUAAGUAUUCAUGAGCCACAGUGUUUGAAAAAAUGGCAUAUCGAAAAUGAUAAGCUUCCAAAGCAUCUCAGAAGGCCGGAACCCAAGAAACCUGAAGUCAGGUCUAUCACAGGUAAAGGAGCAUAUGAUAUAGAAGCUUUAAAUGAGGCAGCUUGGAGAAGUUCCCAAGAUCAACUGGUACCUUGUGAGAUCUGUGGGCGAACCUUCCUCCCAGACAGAUUGAUUGUCCAUCAGCGUUCGUGUAAACCAAAGUAACCAAACCAAUGAACAAAGAUAAACUGAUAUGGAUUAAGAUGUGACGACAAACAAUAGUUUAUUGAUUCCAUGAAAACUGAAAUAAUACAACAAAAGGUUUUUUGAAAAAACUUUGUGGCAUUUUUGCAUAAAUUCCUGCUGUAAAUGUACUUGAAUAAAACCAUUUUAAAAUUAAA